AGAGAUGGCGGGCGAAGUGGACGAUCCACGUCCACCGACAAGGCCUCAUCAGACGGACUUGUCUUUCUCUUCACGACCAAGGUUCAUGUUGGUUCGGAUACUAUUGCAAAGCCUUGUCUUUUUUCCUGUUAUUUUCGCAAAUGUUUUUUAGAUGUCUCACACGCCAGCACUCUUGUCAUUCAUACUUCAGGACUUUUUUUGUAACAUUGUGGUCCAUACAAACGACGAAAAAGGAGGCCCCCUAAUGCGUGUGUCUAUCUGUCCAGUGUACAUACAUACACCUAAACACACACACAGUAUUCCUGUGCAUCUUUGUGUACAAAUUAUAAGGACAUAUUUGCACACUAAACCCCCUUCAUCCGAAAUAACGCCGCAGAAGCAGCCGCCGCGGCGCGCCUAGGCGGAAGAAUCUCAGGCAGUCAACACCAGGCUUCCCUCAAGAAGAUGGCCGGCGUCCCCGGCCCCCCAGCAACUGCCGAGGCCCACCGUGGGAUGCGCAAGGAGCCGAGGCUUCACGCAGGGGCGUGUCCCGGCCACGGAGGAUUCCAGGUGUUCUGGUGCCGCCCUUGCAGGACCUGGCUAUGCAGCGACUGCACCAUCGUGGACCAUCCGCAGGGCACCUGUUCCGUCGUGUCCAUGAAGGCGGCACUCGAGGACUUCCAGAGCGAGGGACGCCGCGACGCAGAGCAGCUGGCGCUCCGCCUCGAGCGCGCGCUCUCCCUCAAAGACACGUGCGUAGAGUUGAGCACAUCGAGCAGGAGCUUCCUCCAGGCGCAGAAUGAGUUCCUCAGUACACUUCUCCGGGAGGAGGAGGAGCUGAAGCGCUCGCAGGAGGAGAACGUCCAAAGGAUAGACAAACUUGCACGGUUAGAGGCCGGUCUGGCAGAGGACUGCGACAUGCUGCCGGAGGGGCAGCAGCAGCUGGCAGUUUGGACGGGGCACGCUGCGAAGGCGCCUUCCACCGAAGGGAUGGAAGCAACACAGAAGCUCUGGGAGUGCUUUGAGAAGCUGCAAGCGUCCUUCCACCUCCUGACGACGUCAGCUUUCCUGCCGCCGCCCGCUGAAGGCCCGAAAGACCUUCCGGCCGAGUGCCAGAGCGUGUCAGACCUGCAGGCGGUGCUCGCCCUGGACACCGACAUGUGCGUGCGCGGCCUCCUGCUGGAGCGCACGGAAGGGACCUUCGACUGGGAGGACAUGUGCGAGCUCCUGGGGCGCGAGAACGUGGAACACCUGGAGCAGGUGCUGGAGGGUGUCUACCUGGCCACCGUCAGCAGCCAGCGGGUCAGAGACUACAUAGUGGCCAAGAUCUGGACCAUCCGCUUCCACAGUGGCCAGGGCAGGAGCGUCGUGCGCUACGGCCACGGCCAGGGCGUGCACAAACUGCCCCGGGCCAGCGGCGUCUUCGUCGUGCACUCGGCGAGGCCCGUUGGCGCCCGCGUGAAGGGCGUCCUCGCCGGUAUCCCGUCCUUCGUGGAGUCUAGGAGUCGGCAGGGCCUCGUGCGUGCCAUCGCCAGCAAGUACCCGAGCCUGCAGGACGUUUCGCUGGAGGCGGCGACGUGGCCGGGGACGACCGUGCGCUCAGGGACGCUCGAGGUCAGGGGCGUCACGACCGACCUAGUGGCGCUGGACGCGGCCCUGAGGUCCGAGAAGGGCGUCGUCCGCUUCGGCCUUUUCAGAGGCAGUUUCCAGAGCCUGACGGCCGAGCCGCUCAGCGAGGAGGAUAUCCUGCCGACGGAGCCCUUCCAGCAAGGCUCCUCCGUCAAAGGCUGGAGCUGGCCGGCCUAGCGGCGACGCGGCAGGCGGGCGGGAGGGCGCCCGAGUGGACUGCCUUCCGCGCCGGUGGCUGCUCGCCGCUGCCCGACGGGGCACAAACACACACACACACACACACACACACACACACACACACGCACACACAUAAUUAAUUGUAAUUGCAAAGUAUUUAUUUUAUGCGCAUGUUUUGCUCAUUUGUGUUUCCUUUUGUUGGUAUUUUUCAUAAAUUUCAAAUGUUGAUUUCAUUUUUUAACACCGUGUAUAGUUCUUCAAAUGAUAGUGUUUUAUAUCGUUGAUUUUUCUUUAUUUGUUAUAUGUCAGUCUGUUUAUAAUUCACUUUAUCUAUCUGCACUUGCUUUGUUUAUUGUGCCCUAUUUUCUUGGUCUUAAAACUACGUAAAUAAACAUUGCCAAAUGAA